AUGAUCUCUGGACUCAACGGCGUUGCUGCGUAUCUUGACGACAUCAUCGUCACUGGCCGCAGUACCGACGAGCACCGCCGAAACCUGGAAGCCCUCUUCGACCGGAUCCACAACUACGGCUUCCGCGUUCGCCUACCGAAGUGCAAUUUCCUGAUGCCCGAGAUUCGGUACCUCGGACACAUAAUCGACAAGGACGGACGCCGGCCGGACCCCGAGAAGGUCCGCGCCAUCACCAAGAUGCCACAACCCAAGGACGUGCAACAGCUACGCUCGUUUCUUGGGAUGAUCACCUACUACGGAAACUUCAUCGACAAGAUGCGACAGAUCCGCACACCUCUGGAUGCUCUACUCAAGAAGGACACCCGUUUCGAAUGGUCGCCCGAGUGCCAGGACGCCUUCAAGCGCGUGAAGGACGUUCUCGCCUCGCCGCUCCUGCUCACACAUUUCGACCCCACGUUGGACAUCAUCGUCGCGGCCGACGCCUCCGACUACGGAAUUGGAGCAGUGAUUCUACAUCGCUAUGCCGACGGCUCCGAGAAGGCGAUCUGCCACGCCAGCCGCAGCCUCACCGAUGCAGAGAAGAAAUACGCGCAAAUCGAGAAAGAAGGACUUGGUCUCGUCUUCGCAGUUCGGAAGUUCCACCGCUACAUAUUUGGUCGACGCUUCACGCUUCUGACGGACCACAAGCCGCUUCUCACCAUCUUUGGCAACAAGAAAGGACUGCCGGUCUACUCAGCCAACCGUCUUCUACGCUGGUCGCUGAUUCUUCGUGGAUACGACUUCAAGAUCGAAUAUCGCUCCACGACAAGCUUUGGACAAGCCGAUGCACUCUCUCGACUCAUAUCCGAAGACAUCCAGCCCACGGAAGACAUCGUCAUCGCAAAAAGCAACGCUUGA